CAUUGGGGGUAAGAAGGGCAAACGCUAGAAGCAUUGGGGGUGCUAUGUUUCACUGUUCCACCAGGGGGCAGGAGAGAUCACAUUACUUAUAAAACUGUAAUAAAAAAAAAAAAAUCCCCCAACUUUUCCCUAAAAACUGUGUUCUUCCUUAUGAAACCGAAUCCUCCAGUUGUGGCGUCCCAGACCGCCCGCCCCAAGGCGGUGCCCCUUGCCCGCGCCCCUCCCCCUGCGCCUCUGCCCCUGCCCAGCACUGCCUUCACGCACCUCGGACUCACUUUCCCUGUGCCUCUUGGCUCUUGCCCGGAAGAUGAAGGUUUGGCUGCUGCUUGGUCUUCUGCUGGUGCAUGAAACCCUUGAGGAUGCUACUGGCCAGCAUCCCCCCAAGAACAAGCAUCCAAAGGAACCAGGAGAGAAUAGAAUCAAGCCUACAAACAAAAAGGUGAAGCCCAAAAUGCCCAAAAUAAAGGAAAGGGACUCAACUGAUCUGGUGCCAAAGACACCAUCUAUAAUGAUGCAAAUGCUGGAUAAAGGUCGUUUCCAGAAACCUGCUGAUACUCUGAGUCUGAUGGCAGGACAAACUCUAGAGCUCAGAUGUAAAGGGAAUAAAAUUGAAUGGAACUACCCUGAGUUUCUUGACACCUUUAAGGACUCCCGCCUCAGUGUGAAGCAGCAUGCACGCUAUGGUCAGCUGACUCUGGUCAACUCCACUGCCGCUGACACAGGUGAAUUCAGUUGCUGGGGACAGCUCUGUGAAGGUUACAUCUGCAAAAAGGACGAGGCAAAAACAGGUUCCACUUAUAUUUUCUUUACAGAGAAAGGAGAACUUUUUGUACCUUCUGCCAGUUACUUUGAUGUUGUCUAUUUGAACCCGGACAGAGAGGCUGUGGUACCUUGUCGAGUGACUGUCCUGUCAGCCAAAGUCACACUCCACAGCGAGUUUCCAGCCAAGGAAAUCCCAGCCAAUGGGACUGACAUUGCUUAUGACAUGAAGAGGGGCUUUGUGUAUCUGCAACCUCAUUCUGACCAGCAGGGGGUGGUCUAUUGCAAGGCAGAGGCUGGGGGCAAGUCUCAGAUCUCUGUCAAGUACCAGCUGCUCUACGUAGAAGUUCCCAGUGGGCCUCCAUCAACAACCAUUUUGGCAUCCUCUAACAAAGUAAAAGGUGGGGAUAACAUCAAUAUCCUCUGCACUGUACUGGGGGAGCCUGAUGUGGAGGUGGAGUUCAGGUGGAUCUAUCCAGGGCAGAAGGAUGAAAGGCCUGUGACGAUUCAAGACACUUGGAGGCUGAUCCGCAGAGGGCUCGGACACACCACAAGAAUGUCCCAGAGUGUGCUGACAGUUGAAGACUUUGAAACCAUUGAUGCAGGAUAUUACAUUUGCACUGCUCAGAAUCCUCAAGGACAGACUACAGUAGCUACAGCCGUUGAGUUUUCCUGACUUGGAAAAUGAAGCAGAAUGAACUGAUGAUGGAAAACCCUUUGUGUGCACUUACCACUUUUGGGGUACUUUUGACAAGUGCUUUGCAAGAGGCUAACGCCAAGUGCCAAGUCCAAAUCCCUGCCUUGUGUGCCAGACCCAGACAUAAAACUAGAAGGAAGCCUAAUAAUAGAAGUGCUAACUCUUCUAACAGAAAGCAUGUAUUUUAUUGCUCACCUAUGUAUAUGUGCUUCUAGUUUUUAUACUAAGAAAGUAUGUGUGUAGACAACUAUAUAAUCAUUUCGAUUAAAUAUGCAGAUUUUGGUAAAAAAUUUAAAUGGACUAUUUUUCAAAAAAUAUUAGCAUGCAUAUAUCCAGGAUUUGACAUAUAAAAAUACAUGAAAAUCUGAAUGUAAAACUAAAUCUAACGAUUUAUCCACAAGCAGUUAAGAUCUGACUGCUUGAGCAGGUCACUUUUCCCUUUGUGUAGCAACUUUAAAGCUAAUGUGAGCUAUGAAAUUAAUUUUAAAAAUUCUGUAGUUUUUUUUUUUUAGAAAAAGCUAUUGCAUUCAAAUUACUAAUUAGAUUUUUCCAUUUAAUCAGGGCCAGAUCUUAUGCUUUUAAAAUUAUACUUUCAAUAUUAAACUUUUUAAUUUUUUUUUUCUUUUGGCUCCAGGGUAAUUUCUGGGGCUCAGUGCCAGCACUACAAAUCCACUGCUCUUGGUCAUUUUUUCCAUUUAUUGGAUAGGACAGAGUGGAGGGGGGAGAUAGAAAGAGAGAAAGACAGACACUGCAUACUUGCUUCACCACUUGUGAUACAUAACCCCUAUACAGGUGGGGACCCAGGGGCCUGAACCCAGAUCCUUGCACAGGUCCUUGAACUUACUAUGUGCACUUAACCAGAUGCGUCACUACCUGGCCUCAAUAUUAAACUUUUACUAUAAAGUAGAUGCAUUGAUCAAGGCAGGUUGGUUUCGUUUAGACAUAUUUUUACUAUCGUCAAAAAGAAUUAGACUGUAUUUGUUUGAAUUUUCUUACCUUGUAGAGCAUACAUUGUUAAUGCCAGUCCAGAUUUAUUUUUCAAAUAUGCACAGCUUUGUAUUUAGAAAGGGAAUGCUUACCUCUGCAUCAAGCUCUUUGAGCCAAAUUUUAACCCAUAACUGAUUGUGGUUGCAUUGGAAAAUAACUUACAAGGAGAUGUGAUGUCAACUCUUCGGCUAUGAAAAAAGGCUACAAAUCAGAUAAAUUUGGGAUAUUAAAGUAUGUCAGAAGUUA